GGCAACACUAUAAAAAAAAGUCAAAUUGCCAUUUUUGUUUCAAUGUGUGUGGUGUGGCGAAUUAAUUGUUGAAAUCUUAAAUGUGGACAAAUAGUGAUUAAUUUGAGGAAGAUUAUCAUCAGGGAACCUUCGUACAGACCAGAUUUGUGAUGUAUAAGUACUUUAUGCCAAUUUCUUUCGACUUUAAAUACCAUCGCUAGACCUGUUUAUCACCAUUGACGGAUGUCCUUGUACAUUUUGCAAGAAGAAGAGUGGCGGUAAAUUUGAUUUCCAGUUAGGAUUUUGAUUUAAUAUGUCAAACAUUUUUUAUGAAAUAAGUUAAAUAAUGGGUAGCUCAGAAGAAAAUAUACUUAGUGGUAGUAUACAUGAAAACGAGAACGUUGAAAACGACGCAGGUGUUGAUUCGGAGAAUGAUGUUGCGGAAAUUACAGACCCAUCAUUGAAUACGAGUGUGGCGUCUAAUCCAUCUGCAAACGAAGGCAACACAUCUAAAGAAGUCGAAAUUUCUGGAGCAGGUACCUCAAAGAAAACAAAGAAAAAAUUUAGGCAUGGGAAGAAAGGGCAUAUCCCUAGCAAGGACAACCUGGAGAGGAGCGCCGUACGGAGGCUUCACCAUACCGGCACGAAAUUUAAACAAAAUAAGAAACGAGCACAAAGUAUUCCUUCCUUAUCUAAAUACUUUCUUCCAACAAAAAGGCCACGUAAGGAAACUUUUAUUCCACCUACGAAAUUCCUUCUCGGUGGAAACAUUUCUGAUCCUCUAAACCUAAAUAGCUUACAAGAUGAAAACGUUAACAGGGCUAUGAAUGCAGUGACUCCUGAGUCUUCACCUCUGCCCACUCCCCCGAGGCACAAGGCUAAGAUAGAUGUUAUAAUUCCACCUAACAUAAGGGAUCCGCUUAAUCUCAUGGAGCCUUUGGAUAAUGAUGAAUAUGAGAAAAGACUUGAAAUGCAACAGCGCAAGCCAAGAAAGAAGCCAAGAAUAAGACGCCGCACAACCGAGACAAAUGCAAACACUAAUCCAAGUGAACCCACAGUUGAGGUUAAGCCUGAAAAAGAGGAGGGGAUUAAAGAGCCUCUCCCUCCAGAGCCAUCUACAUCCAAGUCUCGGAAGAGGUCGUGCAGUGACAGUGACAACAGUUCAUUGAAAGGUAAAGAUGGCAAGAAGCUGAGACGGAUGGAUUCCUUGGAUAAAAUAGUGAGCCCAGUGGUCCCCCAGCCUGGAGCAUGGAUGCGUGCGCGCCCGCAGCCGCGGCCAGGGGUUCCAGAGCGCCCAGCCUCACCACAUCGAACUAAAUUAAAGAGCACUUCUGAAGAAGAUCAAAAGGCACCAACAUUUCAUCCCAAAAAUUCAAGAUAUCAAUAUGGAAACUAUGAUAGGUAUUAUGGCUAUCGCAAUUUGAAUGCCAUGAUGGAUAUAAGACUUCAAGUGUUUGAAAUGCACCGGCACCUAUUUCAGAACAAAGAUGUAUUGGACAUUGGUUGCAACGUAGGCCACAUCUCCAUAGCCGUGGCUCGAACACUCGGUGCCAAAUCUGUUGUAGGAAUUGACAUUGAUCCAGUACUCAUUGGCAGGGCAAGGAAGAAUCUUCGAUCCUUAAUUCCUGUCCCUUCAGAACAACCAAAGACAGAAGAAGACAAGAAAAAUGAUGGAGACGACAAGAAAUCCGAAUGUGAUAAGUGUAAAGAUGAGAAAUGCGAGGAAUGUACUAUCACAGAUCAAAAACAUGAUAAAGAAGAUGAUUCAAAGAAGAACUUGACUGGGAGGAAGUUACGAAAGCCGAGGAAGAAUAGAAAGUCUAUCAAUAAGCAAGAGCAAGGGCAGUGUUUCUUUCCCAUGUCAAUGUCGCUUAUGUUUGGCCCCAUCGGAGAUCCUAAGACUGAUGUAGCAACUCCUGUUUUUCCAUAUAAUGUCUCAUUUAAACAGGGAAACUAUGUCCCACGCGAAGACUUCGCGGUGGGGAGUAUGGAGAGCCCGCAGUUCGACUUGAUCCUGUGCCUGUCCACCACCAAGUGGCUGCAUCUGAACUGGGGCGACGCGGGGCUGAAGCGCGCCUUCCGCCGCAUGUUCGCCGACCUGCGCCCCGGCGGCAAGCUAGUGCUGGAGGCGCAGAACUGGGCCAGCUACAAGAAGAAGAAGCGGCUGACUCCAACCAUUUACGAAAACUUCAACUCGAUUGAGUUAUUCCCGAACAAGUUCAGAGAGUAUCUCCUCUCGCCGGAGGUCGGGUUCAGCAAGUGCUGCAUACUGGGAGUCCCGCAACACGCGAGCAAGGGCUUCCGGCGGCCCAUACAGCUGUACGUGAAGGGCGACUUCACGCCUAGCAAAGCGCGAUGGUCGGACGCGUACGCGCCGUCGUCGCACCACAAGCCGGAGGCCGAGCCGCCACGGCGGACGGUGUACGCGCCCGUGGCGCCCGCCUACCGGCCCAGCGACGACGCGCCCUCGUGCGGCGCCGUGACGCCCUACUCGCCGAACCUCGACUGCAGCGCGGACGACUCGCCGUUCUACAACCCGCGCAGCGACUCGUACGCGCCGUCGUACCAGCCGCCGCGCCCCACGGUGUACGCCACGCUGCCGUCGCCGCGCGGCGCGUCGCCCGCCGCGUCGCCGGCCGCGUCGCCCGCGCCGCACGCGCCGCCCGCGCCGUCCGCGCCCGCCGCGCCCGACCCCGUCUCCGCGCGCGGCUUCGUGCUGCUCGACGACUGAACCCAUCCGCCUUUCGUUUUAUGUAAAUAACUGUAGAUCCCCUAAGAUUAUGUUUCAGAUAGGCUGAAAAUAUUUUAUAAUAUUAUAUUCUUAAUGUAUUAAGCAA